AUGGCACCAAGCCAUCUCCUCCGGGCAACCAUGCCUCUCCGAACCUCGAUCAUGACGCCUCUGUCCCUGACACGCCCCUCAAUCCUCCAAUCAACCACAUAUCUCUCCACGCCCCUCCGCAACGCCUCAACAACCACCCAACCCACACAGCCCAGCGGCACAGACACACAAGCGCCCUCCCGACUGCGCAACUACGCCUCCGCCCUGAAAACCGGCACCGUCGUCUCCGUCGGCCGCAUGGACCGCACAGUGCGCGUCUGCCACCGACACACAACCUUCGACCGCCACAUCCGCAAGUACUACCCGAAGGAGACGCACUACCUAGUGUCUGACCCGCGCAACUCGCUCCGCGACGGCGACAUAAUCGAGUUCUCGUCCGGCGCGCCGAAGAGCCGCCACGUGCACCACGUCGUCGAGCGGAUUAUCACGCCGUUCGGCGAGGCAAUUAGCGAGCGUCCGGCUGUGCUGACGAAGGCUGAGCGCGAGGCUGAGCGCGAGACCCGCUGGGCGGCGAAGUAUCUGCGUCGUGAGUCGAAACGGCUUGGUCGGGAGGUGGAUCUUGUGGAGGAGGCGGCUAAGGCUGGCGUUGUGUUGCCUAAGGGUGAGAACCUUUCUACUGCGCAGUUGAUUCACCGGAUCCAUGCGGAGAAUGAGCGUAUCGGGAGGGUUAAGAGGAUUGUGCAGGAGAGGGUUGCUGCGGCAGAGGCGGCGAAGAAAUGA